AUGUUUGCUGCUCUUGGUUUCUAUAAUGUCAGGGUCUAUGGUAAAGUUGCAUCACAUUCCCAAUGCAAAUUGUUCGUUAGUAACCAUAGCUGUGUGCUGGAAGUGGUGCUUCUUGUUCUUCUUGAAAAGUUUCCAUCUUUCGUCUCUCGUAAAGAGAAUGAAAAAAGCUUUUUAUUUAGGAUAGUGGCUCGGAUUUGCAAUGCGAUUCUGAUUGACCGCAACUCCCCCACGUCACGUAAGCAAGCGCUUGACAUUAUUUCUAAACGAGCAAAAGAUCCCUUAGGGCCCCAGCUCAUAAUAUUCCCGGAGGGAACUACUGCAAACCAAUUAGCAUUGUUACGAUACAAAAAAGGAGCCUUUGAAUCAGGAAGUCCAGUCCAAAUGGUCUGUGUUUAUUUUCCAUACAAACACUUUAAUCCGACUUGGGGAGGGAAGAUGGUAGGUAGUAAUGAUCUGUAUGAAAUUUUUCUACGCUUGUGCUGCCAGUUUGUAAAUUACGUUGAGAUUCGUGUGCUACCUGUGUAUUAUCCUACAGUAGAGGAGAAAAACGAUGCUACUCUGUAUGCCGAUCACUGUCAGAAAAUGAUGGCAACUGUUCUUCGGGAGUCUAUCAGUUGUGGAAGCUUCAAUAACUAUGAUGAAGCUGCAAAGUUGUAUUCUGAAAGGAAAAAAAAGAAAAAACAAUAUUGA